GGGUACCGCACUGGGGGCAGCCCGCUCAGGAAGCCAGCGGCUGCUUCGCUGCCUCCCGCCGCCCUCGCCUCUCGCUUUUCUCUUCCCCCCCCGCCGCGUAUCCCCGCCGGCCGGCCCAGCUUUCCGCACAGAUCCACGGAUCCUGCCUCGCUGCCGGAGGGAUGCUGGGAGCGGGGCUGGCGCUGGCGCUCUGCGCCCUGCAGCUCUGCCCGGCCGCGCUCGGAGGGUCGCACCCGCAGCUGCUGGUGGAGCGGAGCGGAUCCCGGAGGCUGAGCAAGGUUGGUGGCUUUGCCUGGGAGAACUGUGGUGACAGGAGGGACCCCGUGGUGCUGCAGAGCCUCUCCGUGGCGCCCGACCCCAUCAGCAUCCCGGGGAGCCUGCGCGUCAGCGCGGCUGUCAGCAGCAGCAAGACCAUGGCCUCCCCUCUGAAGGUGGUGCUGGUGGUGGAGAAGGCGCUGGGCGACCUCUGGAUCCAGCUGCCCUGCAUCGACCAGCUGGGCAGUUGCACCUACGACAAUGUCUGCACCAUCCUCGACAACCUCAUCCCGCCUGGCACGACCUGCCCGGAGCCCCUGCUCACCUAUGGCAUCCCCUGCCACUGCCCCUUCAAAGCGGGCUCCUACUCCCUGCCAGCCAGCGACUUCAUCCUGCCCGAUGUGGAGCUGCCUGCCUGGAUGACCAACGGCAACUACCGUGUCCGGGUGGCUGUCAGCAAUGGUGGGGAGGAGCUCGCCUGCGUCAAGCUGGCCUUCUCCCUGCAGUCCCAGUGAGGGGCGAGGGACCAUCCCUCCUCUCCCCAUCACCUUGGUCCCCUGUCUCAUCCUAUCCCAUCCAGUUGCACCCCAUCCCGUCCAACCCGUCCCUGCGAGGCGCAUCCUUCCCGCUGCCAGGAGGAGGCAGCACCCAUACCCCCGCUUGGUGCCCCCCUUCCCCUGCUACACACAGAAAGGCCCCUCUGGCUGUCCUGCUGUCCCCAACCCCAUCACCAGGGUGUCCCCUGCCCCGGACAGGGUAGCCUUUGAGCCUAACCCCAGCCUUUCAGCGCAACCUGGGGGUAGUUAUUUUUUACGCGGUUUCUCUUUUUUUUUUCCCUUAAUCCCAUCAGGGCAAUUUUAGACAAAAACAUUCCAGGGGAAAGCAGUAUUUCUUGGAGCAGUCCAUGGGGAGGAGGGAGUGUUUGGGAGUGCUGGGGCAGGCUGGAGGGAUGUAGGAUUAGCUGCGGAGGGUGUCCCCGCUUGCCCCCACCACCUCUGGCCAGAGCGCGGGGCUGUUUUGCAGAAGUGUCCCCAAAGUGGCCGCAGGAGCCCUGUCCCCCCCACAGCAGCUCUGGGUCUGCCUUUGACGCGUCCCUGUCCUGUGCGUGGGACCAGCUCGGCAACAAGAGGCACCGGUGAGGGCACCUCCCCGUGUCCCUCCUAUGACAAACAUCAUCACAAGCACAACAGGACUGAAACCACCCAAACCCCCAACGGAUGUUCCCACUCACAAGGGACCAAGUGGCUGGUGCUGCUCCCAGCAGCAGGAGAGGUGGCUGGACACCGGCUGCGCUCACUCCGGGGUGGGGACAUGGCCGUGACGGGUAACUGCGGCACAUCCUGGCCAAGGACAAGUCCCACUCAUCUCAUUUUGCCACUGGGACUGAGCCGAGGCAGGACGCUGCACUGGGACCAUCCUUCCCAUGCACUGGCAGAGGCACCCCCACAACGUGGAGCAGCAUCCUGGACACGGGAUGGAGUGGGAGAUGACCAUGAAGACCAGCAGCCCGGGUCCUAUUUGGGCACCCUGCAGCGCAUCUCCUGAUUGUGGCUGGGGGCCAAGGCAUGGGCAGGCAGCAUCCUCCCUGCCUGCAGCUCCCGGCAGGGCGUGUGUCUGACAUCACCUGCCUAUGCCAGGUCCCCGCAGGGCAGAGGUGCAGGUGACCCACCGGCCACCCGCAUCCCUUGCUCCCUCGCUGUCCCUGCCUGCUCACAUUAUUUAGCCCCUCCGUAGGGCUGGUCUUCCUCCAAGCACUUUAUAUGCCUUAACUACUGCUGGGCUGCCCUGGCGGGAGAUCCUCUGCCAUGCAGACGUGCUCCCACCGCCUUUCUGUGCCCUCGACUCGUUCCGUUUCAUCCUGCUGCUGGGUCCGACCCGGGUUUGUUUUGCCUGGAGAAGCACUAACCUUCUCACCCCACUCCCUGCCGCUGCGCAGUGCCCAUGCCAGGGCAGCAUCCUCCUUUCGGGCAGGUACUGCAGGUUCUUAAUAAAUCUUUUUACCAGGAA